AUGAGCACAGAAACAAUCCUCAUCCUAGGCGGAUCCUACGCCGGCAUCAGCGCCGCUCACUACGCACUGAAGCACACGCUCCCACAGCUCCCAAAAAAAGAAGACGUCACAUACAAUGUCACCCUCGUUAACCCCUCGAAAGAUCUGUACUGGCGCUUCGCCGCACCGCGCGCUCUCGUGUCCAAGCAGAUGAUGCCAUACGACCAGAUCUUCUACCCCAUCGAGCCAGCCUUCACUUACGCAUUCCCGAAAUUCAAGUUCAUCCAGGGUACAGCAACGCACGUCGACGCCGCAGGCCAGAGCGUGAGCGUACAGACCGUCGACGGAGAGCAGCAAACCAUCCCCUACGCCGCGCUCAUCAUCGCCACAGGUUUCAGCACACCAAGCCCGUUGUUCACGCAAACCACCGACCGCGCAGCACUGGAAAGCAUAUACGACGCCUUCCAGAAAGGUCUGAAGACGGCAAAGAGCGUCGUCAUUGGCGGCGGCGGCCCCGUGGGCGUCGAGACGGCGGGCGAAGUCGCUGAGAUCCUCAACGGACGCCCGGGCUUCAUGGGCGCAGGACCGAAGAACCCAACCGCAGCCGUCACACUGGUGUGCGCAGACAAGAAGCUGCUUCCCGUGCUACGCGAGAGCAUCGGAGCAACGGCAGAAGGCUUCCUGAAGAAACUCGGCUGCAGCGUGACAUACAACACGCGCGUGGUCUCGGUCACGAAGCCCGGUGACCAGCCCGGCGCAAAGACGCGCGUCGAGCUAUCUGACGGUAAAACGAUGGAGGUCGACAUCUACAUAGACGCCACGGGGUCGCGGCCAAAUAGCAGCUUCUUGCCCAAGGAGUGGCUCGACACCCGCGGCAGGGUGGCAUGUCAUCCGAAGACGCUGCGCGUCGAGCACGAAUCCGCCGCCUCGUGCGUCUACGCCCUCGGCGACGUGGGUAGCUACACGCGCGGCGGCGUCAUGGACUUGAGCCUCGCGGUGCCCGUGGCGCUGACUAAUCUCAAGCAAGACCUGCUUAAGCACCUCUCGGGGACCGUAUUCGCGGGCGAUCGCCACUACGCCCCGAAUCUCAAGGAGCAGCAGAUUUGUCCGAUUGGCACGCAGAAGGGCGUUGGUGCGUUCAACGGGUUUAAAGUGCCCAGCCAGAUGGUGUGGAUGAUCAAGGGACGGGAUUACCUGAUAAGUCAGCUGGCGCAGAGUACGAUCAGGGGUGAUGAGUGGAAGAAGGAGAAGAAGUGGACGCCGGUCAAGGACUUUGGAAAAGCUGGCCUGAGUCAAGGCUAA